AUGAUGGAUUCGCAGAUUCGAACCAGUCCCAUUCUCCUUGCACCGGGCCCUACUGAAGUCGACCCACAAGUCCUUCAGGCUAUGUCAACUUUUGCAGAAUCACAUUUUGCUCAACCAUUUUGCAAUACUUUUGGCGAUGUACUGACGAUGCUCCGUAAGCUGUUCCAGAGUGAAGAUCCGGCUACUCAGCCAUUUGUCAUUGGCGGCAGCGGUACGCUCGGCUGGGACUUUGUGGCAACAAACUUCAUUGAACCUGGCGAGCCGGUUCUUUGUCUCUGUACCGGAUACUUCUCAGAUGCCUUUGAGAUGUGCUUGGCCACUUACGGAGCCUGUACACAAAGAAUGACGGUACCCAUUGGAGCCGCCCCGAACAUGCAAGAUGUCGAGAAAGAGUUGAGAAAGACCCGAUACAAAGCCUUGGUUGUGACCCAUGUCGAUACUUCGACUGCGGUUUUGACACCUUUGAAACCUCUUUCCGAAAUUCUGAAACGCGUCUCCCCGGAAACACUCUUUAUUGUCGAUGGUGUCGCUAGCGUUGCGUGCGAGGAAAUUCAAUUUGACACUUGGGGUAUCGACAUCGUUGCUACGGGGUCGCAGAAAGCCAUUGGCUGUCCUCCCGGGCUCAGUAUCAUCAUGGUUUCUGCGCGCGCCUUGGAGACUGCUAAAGCGAGGAGAGCACCAGCAAACACUUGGUACGCUAGCUUGUCACGGUGGUUGCCCAUCAUGCAAAACUACGAGAAAAAGCAGUCGAGCUAUUUUGCAACACCUCCCACUCAAAUUGUUCACGCUCUUCAUGCCUCGCUGACGUCAAUUCUCUCACGUCCUCUUGAAGAAAGAUUUGAACAACAUCGGCAGAAGAGCGCCCAUGUCAAAGCGGCAGUGAAAGAACUGGGCCUGGUACAAUUAACAUCAGAGCCAGAGUACCAAGCUAAUGGCCUUACUGCAUUCUGGCUCCCAGAAGGUCUGUCGUCGAAGGAACUGCUGUCAAGAGUCACCGAGAAAGGUUUCACUAUAGUUGGCGGUAUGCAUAAGGAGGUCGGCCAUCGAUACGUAAGAAUUGGACAUAUGGGAUACAGCGUUGUCAGCGAGCCAGAGAGACAUAUUGAUCGUGGUUUGAAGGCUCUAAAGGAGGCGGUUACGGAGUAUUACUCCAGCAAGAGCAAAAAUUUUGUCCCUCGAAAUGAUCGGGAGUCCAUGGGGCUAGCUAGAGCAAGCUUGUAG